AUGGACAUCACAGGGGUACCUGGUGACUGGGCUCAGGGAGCAGAUGUGACUGGAAGAAGAGCAGAAAAAGUGAUUGGUUUCCCAGCUGGUCAGUGCCUGGCAGAGGGGAAUCCUCCCAACUCUGGCUUCAAACAGGAAUGUUGUCAAAGUGCUCCUGUUCUGCUGCUUGCGUGUGCAGAAGAUUUAGAAUGUGUCCCUGGAUUCCAGCAGAAGGUUUUUUAUAUUGAAAAGCCAUUUCAAUUCACAGAGGACAAGCUGGUUCUGAACUUGGAAUUUGAUGACUGCAAGGGGAAUAACAAGUUGAACUUCGAAGUGUCUAACCCAGACUUCACAGUGGAACAGGAUGGCUCUUUGGUUGCACUAAAGAAUCUCUCAGAAGUUGGCACAGCCUUGUUUGUCCAUGCAAGGUCUGAGCAUGCUGAGGAUACAGCAAAAAUUUUUAUCGUUAAAGCAAAUGAAAAGCAUGGGGCAUUAAAGGAAAUCUUUAAGCCAGAAGGCAACUUUGGAAUUCCAAGACAAAAAAGGGCUAUUUUGGCAACUCCAAUAUUAAUUCCUGAGAAUCAAAGACCACCGUUCCCCAGAGCAGUCGGCAGGGUCAUCAGAAGUGAAGGCACAGAGGGAGCAAAGUUCCACCUCUCUGGCAGAGGAGUAGAUCAAGACCCAAAAGGAAUUUUCCGAAUCAAUGAGGUCACUGGGGAUGUGUCUGUGACCAGAGCCCUUGAUAGAGAAGCAAUUGCCAAUUAUGAG